UUUACCCUUUAAGAUAGAUACACCUUAGAAGUUUUUUCUCUCUUUAUCCGCCCUUCUUGAUCUUUUUGUAGUAUCAGCUGUGUGCAGGCUGUUGAUGAGAUCAAGAGACGGGAGAGAACUCCGAUCAUUCUCCUUUGAGGAAGAAGCACCAGGGCAAGAAGUGAGAGCUGUGGAGAGGAGAGUGCUGCUUGAGACACUUGCAAGUAGGUUGCCAUCGAAUUCCAUUUCAUACUUGUCAAGGCUCAGAGGCCUCAAAAAGCAAGGGGAUGGUGGGACUUUAUUAGAGCUUGAUGAUGGAUCAAAAAUACUUGCUGAGAUUGUGAUUGGCUGUGACGGCAUAAGAUCACCAAUAGCCAAGUGGAUGGGGUUUUCAGAGACCAAAUAUGUUGGACAUUGUGCUUUCCGGGGCCUUGGUCAUUAUCCUGAAGGCCAGCCAUUUAAAUCAAAAGUCAACUACAUAUAUGGAAGAGGCCAGCGUGUUGGUUUUGUUCCAGUUUCUCCCACAAACGUUUACUGGUUUAUCUGCUUCAACAGCCCUUCUCCAGGACCGAGGAUCACUGACCCCUCCAUACUGAAAAAGGAAGCCCUGAACCUCAUAAAAGGCUGGCCAUCAGAACUUACAGACAUCAUACAAAACACUCCAGACGACAUUAUCAUCAAAACUCCACUUGUCGACCGAUGGCUCUGGCCAGGAUUCAGCCCACCAGCUUCAAAAGGCAAUGUGGUCGUCAUCGGAGAUGCUUGGCAUCCGAUGACUCCAAAUCUCGGUCAAGGCGCUUGCUGUGCAUUAGAGGACUCUGUAGUUCUCGCAGGAAAACUUGCAGGGGCUUUAAGUAGCGGCAAUGAACAGAUGGUUGAGAGAGCGUUGAGAGAAUUUGGCGAAGAAAGAUGGGGUAGGGUAUUUCCUCUGACAGUACGAGCCAAUUUUGUGGGUUCUUUGUUGCAGUGGAAGAAUCCUGUGGUUUGUGGACUGAGGGAUAAUGUGAUGAUACCGAAGCUUGUGAGGCUCGGUCCGUUCUUGGAGCAUACCAACUUUGAGUGUGAGCUGAUGGAAUCGGUAGUAUCGAGCUAAAAUCGGUUAUUUAGAAUGUAGAAAUGCAUAGUUUGGACGUAUGAGUAUGACCAAAAUAUGGUUCAAUAGCAGGUUGUAGAACUACAGAAAUAUGAUCAAUUUUAAAGUUGUUUAUGCCUGUAAAUAUGAUAAUGGAAAGAAGAAAAAAUUGCUGUAUUUCUCGUUUGCUGUUGAUGCGGCUAGAAUUAUGAUCAAGGGCAGCAGGAUGUUCUUAAUAGAGGAAGCAUGGGAUAUUCUUUCAGAUCGGAUGUGUCAAUGUUACUUAUUUUCAGAA